AUGAUGCUUGGUCAAGACAUUCGUGUGAAUACUCCUCUCAAACAUCGACCACGUUUGAUUCAAAUCACAAUUGUUCUUCUUAGUUUAAUGUUGAUCUUUAGACUAAUAUUCAAUACUCUUUCGUUUAUAACAUUAAAACUACAGAAAGUUCAACAAAUUGGUAGUGGAACUUAUUUAUUUUGUUUGUCAAUCAUUGGUCAAUUUGGCCUAUUAAUUCUUCUUGGAAGAUUCAUUUAUCUAUUAAUAACACAAAUCUAUCGUGUCAAAUCUCGAACAACAACAUACUGGUUCUGUCUUGAUUUAGAAUACUUUCUUAGUAUCUGUCCGAUCUUAUUUGACUGGUUGAUAACAUUGAUUAGUUUAGAAAGACUUGUUAAUAUUCUUCAAGGGGUUUCAUUUGACAAGAAGAAAAGUGUGGUUUGGCCGAAACGGCUUAUUUGGAUUUUAAUCGAUAUUAUUUGUUUAAGUUCAUCUCAUGAAUUUUUUAGUUAUGAAUUAAUUGACGAUCCACGUAGUGAGAUUUCAAUGGUCAUGGAUGAAAUAUUACCAAUUAAUUAUGAAUGUAUUUCAUCUAUUUGUUCCUUGUUUGAUUCAAUUUCUCUCAACAAUUGUUCUUUAACAUAA